CUAGCUAGUAGCCUUUUAUAAACCUUCUGUAUCUUUGUGUAUUGAGGUUUGGUGGACUGUCGUCAACAUUUUGUCGAGAACUUCAUAGAGACAUGAAAGUGGUCACUACGCCGCCAUGGUGUGCCACAUAAAAAAACUUGAAGAGUUACUUAAAUCAACUAGAAUGGAUUUACCCUCAAAAAACAUGUACGAGACAUAUAAAGAUGAAAUCUGGAAAGAGCUGGGACCCUUGGAUCCCAACUGGUUUGAGGCACUGACAUCUCAAAUGUUCACUGAGGGAAAUGUCUCUGAUCAAGAUGACCUGUGUGGGAACCAAGAGGCAAACUUUAAAACACCCUUUGACAAAACUGCAGUAGACAGUCAGCUGUUCUCAACGCCCAAAGUUUUCAGGCACCGUCGAGUUGUGUCACCUGAAACUGAGGAUGAGCAGUCGUUCACUGCUGAACAAGAAAAAGAAACAUUGCCAUGGACGACAUCACAAAGUCCAUAUUUGUUCCCGAUGUCAAAAGAGAUCCCAGGUGCAAAAUAUGGAGGUUUCCAUCCUAAGAGUCAUGACAGUCUUGAUCUGCUUCAUACCCCACAAAAAUCCCCAGUCAACUAUGACAAACAUAUAUCUGAAAGUCUCGGAGCACAGCUUCAUCCGGAUAUGUCAUGGACCAGUUCUCUGAAUACCCCACCAGCCGUACCAUCCACCCUAAUUUUAUCUAAAACGGAUGAGAGUCCCUGUCCAGUGAGUGUUUCUGCAGACAAAAACGUUGUUUUUGUACGGAAGCUUUUCCCCUCUCUUUCAAAUGCAUCCAGAGUUGGAGUGGUGUCACCCAAAAACAAUGACAUACCUACCGUCCCCCAAGGUGUUGUUUCCCCUGAGGCGGGUCAGGAUCCAGAGUCCCAUGACUCCACCCAAAGUUCACUGAAUCAGAGUGACCUUGUUUGGAAACAGACACUUCCAGAUGCUAUUGAGGAUGGAGAAAUUCGCAGAACAGUAGCAAGUGUUCUUGAUGGAGCUGAAAAUGUUCUCUCUAUAUUUUUCAGCAACAGUAGCUCAGCACUUAGGAAAGUGAAAACUGACAGAAUCAAAAGAAAGCAUAUCAUUCCAACGAAAGAACAUUGCGGCAGCUCUACGGACGUCACAUCAACAAACAAUGCUGCAUCCAGUGAUCAGAGAACAGCUGAUCAGGAACCUGGCAGACUUCCCUCACCCCCACCAGGGAAAUCUGUAGAUAAUGGAAUUACCCAGUGGUCUCCGUUAAGUUUAUCUGAACUCCCACCGUGUACUGUGCAUACGUCUUGCCAUGAUAAAAGUCCUGCUGUACAAGUGGAAACCAAUAUUUCAACAGAACAACUGCAGCGUGACUCUGAAUUUGGCCAGCUAGUAGUGGGGCCGCCUUUAAAACACACAGACUCUGGAUUUACCAAGAAAAAAAGACAAUUUGUUUACACUGUUGAGACCUCAAAACCAAAAGUUCAAGGAAAACAAACGCAGUGUCAGAGGAUGGACUCAUCACCAGCGGUUCCAGAUACAGGACAAGAAGUGAAUGUGAACCAGUUGAAAGCCCCAGAUAAAGCAGACUGUUGCAGUACCGGGAUGAAUGAGAUGCAAAAACAGGGAAAUCUCGCUGACGUAAAUCUACGUCCUUCUGUACAAGCAAAGGUCCAGGAUCUUGACAUGUCGCAGCUUUGCAAAGAUUUUGCACAAGAUUUCAGUCAAAUGUCAGACCCCUGUAAAUUGAAUCAAGUACCAGAGGUUACUCCUGGAAACGGCUUCUCUCCAUCAGCUUGUCUGUCAGCCAUGAAACGAGCUAAGCAGAAAGCAAUGCAAGCGAACCCUCACCUUGACUGUGACGGCGUCGGUGACAGAACACAUGUUUCUACCGCUCAUCAAAAUAACCAUAUCAAUGAGGUAACAAUAAGUGACAGUGGAUUCCAGUCUGCUGUUGCAGAUGGCACUCAUGGGACUGCAUCAUCAUUUGUUCUUCCCAGCUCAGAGAUCAAUGUUCUACAGUGGACUGAUAAACACAGGACCACUCCUGAGGUCACAUCUACAAAUAAAGGGAAGGGAAAAGCCUAUUUGGAUGAUAUUUUACAAGCAGCUGAAACAGAUGCCAAGCAGCCAAGUGCAAUCAGGGAAAGCCAGACACUGGGCCCUGGCAGAGACGGUGAGUUGCACAUAGAGAGCACACCAGCAAAAAGGCCCAGCAGUGCCAAAGGAGCUGUCGACAACAUUAAUUGCAUUUCACUUAAUGGUCAGGCUCGUGGCAAUCUGCCAGAGAAAACCGUUUAUCUUCCUUCCAUCCAUGCAUCAGGAUUCAAAACGGCUUCAAAUAAGGGUAUACGCAUUUCUUCAUCCAACCUGGAGAGAGCCAAGCGUCUCUUUGAAGAGACUGAAGGGGAAAUAACUUCAAGUGACCAGCCCAUCAAAUGUGCCCACAACGCUAAAGAUGAAAUGAGCGUGAGUCACAGAUCAGUGAAAAAUCCAACCACUAACUCAAACCAGCCAUUUUCUUCAAGUGAAACCAAAGAGGAUAUCCGUUGCCAGUUAACAGCUUCACAAAAAGCUGACGUGACUGAGCUGUGCACUCUCUUGGAAGAAGCAGAGAGCCAGUUUGAAUUCACACAGUUUAAAACUGAAAAGCCGAAACAACACAUUCAAGAUAAUGCCACCUCUCCACUAAAAGUUGACAAAGAACUUGACCCAGAUUUUCUUUCGGGUAUAGAUUUUGAUGACAGUUUUAGUUCAGAAGCUGAAAAGCACCUGGCAGCCACUGUGAUGCCUGACAAAAUGACCUCCAUUUCAGAUGGUAAAACAAACUGUGAAACAUCUGACGUCACAAGUAAAUCCACAGGUUUGUCGUUGUCGAGCGCAAUGAAAAAAGAAAGUUCCUUUCCUGAAGAGGUGUCUUCCUUUUCAAAGCACAUCUCCGAAGGCAGUUCUGGUGUUAUGACAGCUGAACCCAAAAAUCUUUACGGAGGUGGUCACAGUGAAACGAGCAAGCUGCAGAAUCCUUUAAUGCUUGGUGUUGGAUUUAAGACAGCAGGAGGAAAUGUUUUGAGAGUUUCAAGAAAGUGUCUGAGCAAAGCUAGAGCUUUGUUUUCAGAUUUGGAGGAGAACCUUGUGACGGGUCAAACAUCUCCUGACAAGCAAAGCAGUGGAACCGAUGAAAAAAGACAGAUUAGGCGCAGUGUGGAUAUUCCAACUGGUAACUUUCUGCAUCAUAAAGAGGAUGAUUCUACGUUCACAGGUUGUGGUAACGAUAUUGAGAGGAAGGUUCAGGGCUGUUUGGCCAACACAAAGGAGUCUGUCUGUUCAGACAUACAGAUCACAGGCAUAAGGGAAGAAGACGCUGCAAAAAGUUUCAUAAAUGGCAAAAGGGACAAAACCACGUGUCAAAGCGGGUUCCAGAUGGCCAGUGGGAAAGGGAUUUCUGUUUCAGCAAAAGCUAUGCAGGCAGCAGACGCUCUCUUCAGAGACUGUGAUUCUAUUGACAGUAACGCUGUCAGUCAUGAGGAAACUCUUCCAAAAUGUGAAGUUCAAGGAAUGAAAGUAAACUUUUCUAAAGAGCCAAUCAGUGAGUUUACAAAUGUGAAUGCUGGAUCAGCUGCUCGCCAUACAGAGGUUGCACAACAUAACAAGGAGAUUCACAAUUUAGGUUUUACGAAAACACUGCCUUUAACAAAUGCAGCCUCCUUCCUUGGAAACCCGUCUUCGACUGCAAAGACACUUCCAGCUCUUUCAUGGACAACAUCAAAGAACACUGGCUCCUCUGCCAUCAAUGAAUUGUGCAAUAGUGGUGGAUUUUGUGCAGACAGUGGGAACAAAGCUUUGAUGUCAGCUGAUGCACUGAAAAAAGCAGAAUGUCUCUUGAAUGAAAUUCGUACACCUGAGGACGCAAAAAAACAACUGAAAGAUAAAGAGGAUGCUUUAAGAACCGGCCGUCUCGCCAAUCAAAUUCAAGUUUCACCACCUAAAAGUGUUGGAUUUCAGACAGCCAGUGGCAAAGGAGUGGCCAUUUCAUCCACAGCUCUCAAGAAAGCAAAACUGUUGUUGAGUGAAUGUGAUGAAGUUGAGGAUAAAAUCGGUUUAAAACCAACGCAUUCCAAAAUGCCAGUUCCUGGUCCAACACCCAGGAAUAGUGGAUUUCUUGCAGCCAGUGGGAAGCAUGUGGCAUUUUCAUCUGAGGCCCUCCAGAAGGCAAAAGCUCUCUUCAGUGACAUCAGCUUCAGUGCAGAGAUCCCAGCUGUUUCAGACACAAGGAGCAGUGACAAGACACAAGGCGAUGCUGAAAAUACAGAGAAAAUACAUUGUGGUUUCACAACUGCAGGGGGAGCUAAAGUCCAUGUGUCACAGAAACAUCUGCUGAAAGCAAAAAACAUUUUGACAGAAUUCGAUGAUGGUUCUCUUUCAGCAAAGGCAAUGCAAGAAGCAGAUGCUUUCUUCAAGGACUGUGAAAUACUGGAUGGUAAUGAUGGUAUGUCAGCUAAACAAAAUAAAAGUAUAGCACCUUUGUGCAGAAGUGGCAGCGAGAAGAAAAACCUUUCAAAAUGUAAAGAAGAUCAGAGGUUGAAAAUAAACAUCUCUGAAGAUCUUGGAAAGGGACAAACUGAACUUGAAAAUGUGAACAUGGGAUUAGUUGAAAACCAUGAAAAUAUGCUGCAUCCUAAUGAUGUGGAGAAUCACAAAGGUGCUUUUAACAAUACAUUGGAUUUUUCCAACACAGCUGCUUUACAUGGAAACCCAUCUUUGAUGACAAAGACCCUUUCCCCCCUGUUGUUCACAACAUCAAAGAACAGUAGUUCCUCCGCCAUGAAAGAAUUGAGCAAAGGUGGUGGAUUCUCCACAGCCAGCGGGAAGAAAGUAUCCGUGUCUGAUGACGCAAUGACAAAAGCAAAGUCUCUUUUGAAUGAAAGUACUACAUUAGAGGACACAAACAAACAACUGAAACAAAAUGUAAACACCUUUCCACCACAGACUGGGGGAUUUCAGACAGCCAGUGGCAAAGGAGUUGCUAUUUCAUCUGAAGCCCUAAAAAAAGCACAAACUCUGUUAAGUGAAUGUGAUGAAGUUGAGGAUCAAAUCUUUGUAAAACCAACCCAUCCCAAGAUGCCAGUUCCUGGUCCAACACCCAGGAAUAGUGGAUUUCUUGCAGCCAGUGGGAAGCAUGUGGCAUUUUCAUCUGAGGCCCUCCAGAAGGCAAAAGCUCUCUUCAGUGACAUCAGCUUCAGUGCAGAGAUCCCAGCUGUUUCAGACGCAAGGAGCAGUGACAAGACACAAGGCGAUGCUGAAAAUACAGAGAAAAUACAUUGUGGUUUCACAACUGCAGGGGGAGCUAAAGUCCAUGUGUCACAGGAACACCUGCUGAAAGCAAAAAAAAUAUUGACCGAUUUUGCUGAUGUUGAAUGUCAUGAUUCAAACUCAACAAGCCCACACGACAUCCGUAAGUCAGAUCUAUCAAAUGUGAAAGAUGUGAAAAGAACCUGUAAUCCCACCACAGCCAGUGACGAGGACAUGUUUAGUGCUCCUCAUAAUUCGAGAGUUGACGAUUGCACUUUAAUCAAAGAGCAGGCACAUGCAGAUGCAUUUAGGUUAAAAGAAGGCAAAAUUACCCCAGCAGGGUUGGGCGACCUCCAUGACGGCCCUGUAGAGAAAAUGUCAUGUGUGUUGGACUAUGAGAUAAAGCAGACAAACAGCAGAGAGGGGUCUAAGGGGAAAAGGCCACAGGUGUCUUCAGCUUUAAACUUUCAGUCACUAAACCUAAGCGGCUGCACUGAAACCCAGCAGAAGUUGUUCGCCCAGGAAGCUCUGGACUGCACUAAAGCCUUGUUAGAGGACGAAAGUCUCUCUGACCGAAGUCUCUCAAUGACUUUAGACAAUGUGCCGCUGCAAGAAAACCCCAAAUACAGCCACAGAUCUGUAGAGGACCGACAGGGGACAGGGAAAAGAUCAGCAGAGGACCCCGAUAUGACUGGUCAGCCUCCCCUUAAAAGACGAUUACUGGAAGAGUUCGACAGAACUGUUGAUGGUCCAAGAGGCUCCACCCUCCAUCCGGAAAAAAGUUGUCCAAAUGGUCUGAUGAAAGACAGAAGGAUUUUCAAGUACAGCGUCUCUCUCCAUCCAAACAUCACGAGGCCACACACCAGUGGAAACUACUGUGUGGAAACCAGAUUGCAAAAUACUACACCAACACAAUCCUCAAUCCCAGAAGAAAGCAGAUCAGCACAUUCCAAGAAGCCAGCAUUUGUUCCUCCUUUCCUCACGAAUACAAAGACAGAAGGUCGUAAGAAUACAAUGCUCAAGGACAACGCAAGAACACCUUCUGCAUUUGUUCCUCCAUUCAAAAAACAAAGAACUAUUGUCCAAGAGAGCUCCUCCAAACCACAGGUGGAGGAGAAGGAGGAUAAACACCACCAUCUCUUUGUAACGCCCUUUAACAGCAACACGUAUGUACCGCCCACUAAAAAACCCCAAAGCACUACAGAAUUAACUGGUAAUAAAAGCAAAGAAGACCCUGAAACGGUGGCCUUGGCAGAGAAUACAAAUGAUAAACUGAUGAAUAAUCAAAACCUCCCUGUUGGCUGUGGAUCAGAGGACUCUGCUGCAGAGACAUCACAUGUGGAGGACAAAUUGUUCCGAUGCCAAGACACAUUUCAGAAUCUUCAUAAUGUAGAGCUGGCACGAGAUAUGCAAGACAUGAGGAUCAGGAAAAAAAAGCGCCAGACCAUUCGACCUUUGCCAGGAAGUUUGUUUCUAACCAAAACCUCAGGAGUGACUAGGAUUCCAUUAAAGGCUGCAGUUAAUGGAAGGCCUCCUGCAAGAUACACCCCAAAACAGCUGUAUGGACACGGAGUUCAUCAACAUGUGUGUGAGAUCUCCAGUGAGACUGCAGAAUCUUUUCGCUUCGAUUUGAAGCAGUUCCUCAAACAGAUAGCUCUUCUAGACGGAGGUGGUGUUCAGCUUGCUGAUGGAGGAUGGCUAAUCCCCAGCAAGGAUUGGACUGCAGGAAAAGAAGAGUUUCAUAGAGCAUUAUGUGACACCCCAGGUGUGGAUCCUAAACUGAUCAGUGAGGGUUGGGUGUACAAUCACUACCGAUGGAUUGUGUGGAAGCAGGCGUCCAUGGAAAGAUCAUUUCCAGAACUAAUGGGCAGCCUCUGUCUCACCCCAGAGCAGGUUCUCCUGCAGCUGAAGUACAGAUAUGAUGUUGAGGUGGACCACAGCCGCAGGCCGGCUCUAAGAAAGAUCAUGGAACAGGACGACACAGCAGCUAAAACCCUGGUCCUCUGUGUCUGCGGGGUCUUCUCCAGGGGUCACUCCCCAAACAGACAGAGUAUCAAUGACACCAAGACUCCACAAAGUGCUGAUGUCAAGGUCGAAAAUCCAUUUGCAGUUGUCUGGCUGACAGACGGAUGGUAUGCCAUUAAAGCCCAGCUGGAUGAACCUUUGACCGCCAUGCUUCACAAAGGUCGAGUGGCUGUCGGUGGCAAAUUGAUCAUCCAUGGGGCUCAGCUGGUGGGAUCACAGGAAGCUUGUUCCCCUCUGGAGGCACCUGAAUCUCUCAUGUUAAAGAUUUGCGCCAAUAGCAGCAGACCAACACGAUGGGAUGCAAAACUGGGAUUUCACAAGGAUCCAAGGCCAUUCCUGCUUCCUGUCUCCUGUUUGUACAGCGGCGGAGGACCAGUAGGAUGUGUGGACAUUGUCGUACUGAGAAGCUACCCCAUACAGUGGAUGGAGAGGAAACCAGAUGGAGGCGUUGUCUUCCGAUCUGUUCGUGCCGAAGAGAGGGAGGCGAGACGAUACAACGGCCACAAACAAAAAGCUAUGGAGAUCCUGUUCGGCAAGAUUCAAGAAGAAUUUGAAAAGGAGGACAAAGGUCAUAACAAACCUCAACAUAGAAGACGGACGAUCAGUCGUCAGGGUAUUUCCAGUCUUCAAGCUGGAGAGGAGCUGUAUGAAGCAGUGGGGGAUGACCCAGCUUACCUCGAGGCUCAUCUGAGUGAGCAGCAGAUGGAGACCUUACGCACCUACAGGCUUUCUCUGAUGGAGAAGAAGCAGGCUGAACUACAGGAUCGCUACCGACGAGCUUUAGAAAGUGCAGAGGACAGUGAAGGUAGCUGUCCCAAGAGAGACGUUACACCUGUGUGGAGACUCUGUGUUGCUGAUUCCUUGGAAGAACGCGGCAGUGUUUACCAGUUGAACCUUUGGCGACCCUCCUCUGAUGUUCAGUCUUUACUGAAGGAAGGCUGUCGAUUCAAAGUCUAUAAUCUCACCACUUCGGAUGGAAAGAAACAUGGUGCCAGCACAUCUGUUCAGCUGACUGGGACAAAGAAAACACAGUUUCAGGACCUACAGACUUCUCAGGAAUGGUUAUCAAGAUGUUUCCAGCCAAGGGUCUCUACCUGUUUUGUGGAUCUUCAAAACCCUGAAUUCCAGUUGCUGUGUGAAGAAGUUGAUCUCACAGGAUAUGUAAUCAGUAUCAUAGAUGGACAGGGUUUCUCUCCUGCAUUGUAUUUGGCUGAUGGGAAACUCAACUUUGUUAAAGUGCGCUGUUUCAGCAGCUUUGCUCAGUCUGGCUUGGAGGAUUUGGUAAAACCACGUGUCCUGUUGGCUCUGAGCAACCUGCAGCUGAGAGGUCAGUCCUCCUCUCCCACUCCUGUUGUGUUCGCUGGAGAUCUGACCAUCUUCUCAACAAACCCCAAGGAAUAUUACCUCCAGGAAUCCUUCAGCCAAAACAGAAGCCUGGUCCAGAAUCUGAAAAACUUCUUUCCAGCUGCUGAGGAGAAGCUUUCACAUUUAGUCAAAUCUGAUGGCCGGGGGUCCAUCUCUUCUCCAGCUCAAACCGCAGCUUUUUCAACGGUCAGAAGACAAGACACAAAUACAAGUGUGACGUCUCAGCAGCCAGUCAGAAGCCUUGGUUCCUUCACACCUGUCGGCAGGAAACCCCCUGCAGCAAACUGUUCGACAGAGAAGGACCCUAGCAGCAUGAAGAGGAAGAGAUCUCUGGACUACCUGUCUCGUAUCCCGUCUCCACCACCUCUCCUCCAUCUGGGCUCAGUGGCUUCUCCAUGUGUAAAUAAGACAUUCAACCCCCCUCGGAGGUCUGGGACACCUAGCACUUUAAUGACUGUACAGACUCCAGCUCACAAACCUGUCAGUUCACCGGUAGAGGAUGAAUGGGUGAAUGACGAGGAACUGGCUAUGAUUGAUACUCAGGCUUUGCGUGUUGGUGAUUUAUUGCAGGUACAUAAGGCUGUGUGAUGCCAAGCACACUACAACUUUUAAAAAACUGUACAAAUAAAUGAAUGUAAAUGCUGCAUAUGCCACAUAUUCUGUGGUUGUUUUUUUGGUCUCACUGGACCCAUUAAAGAGGUGAAAUCACUUCAGAUAAGUAAAAUCA